UAUUUUUAUCUAUCAGCCACCUGCACUAAUUUCUGAUAACACUUAUCGGAUUGACUGUAUUAUGAUUACUUUUGGCCGAUAUUCUAAUGCGUCAUUCAUUUAGAAAGCUUGGUUUCAGCCAAGCGGUUUGCUGACACACGUCCGCUUAAAUUUUAAUAAUGAGUGCUCUGUGACCAAAAAAUCUACAAAUAGUAUUAACAAUGAAGCUGUUGACAUUAUUUAUCAUAUUCCUCUGGCUGAGGACCAAUGUAAAGGGUGAUUGUGUGAUGCGAGGAGAAUGCGGCGUCUUUGGAGGAUUCGAGAAAGCUUGCUACUACAAUGGACCAGCUUUACCAGUUUUAGACGGGUUAACACCAGAAGAACGCGACACAACUCUUGAAAUAAUAGAAAGAAGAUGCCCGUUCCUUUUAUACGAUGAAAAUGACAAUAGAUUACCUGACGACCAAGUGCUGGCAUGUUGCGACAGUGCGCAGCUCGCUGACAUGGCUCGGAGUCUCCUGAUGGCUGACGGCGUGCUAGGCCGGUGCCCAGCCUGCAUACGCAACUUCCAGCGGCAAAUUUGCGAAUUGAACUGUUCGCCUGACCAAGCACGAUUCGUAGAAGUGAACACAACGACAGAAUCAGAUGUGACGUAUGUUAGUGAGGUACACUACAGGGUGUACAAUGACUUCAUGAUCGACGCACACGCUUCUUGCGCCGGAGUGAUAGUUCCGCAAACUGGUAUGCCCGCUAUCAACAUGAUGUGCGGCGAAGCUCCUGUCUGCGAUGCUGACGCCUUCUUCGGCUUCACCGGCGAUACUUCUUCCAACCCUCUCGCGCCUGUUCAAGUGAACUUCUUAAGGUGGCCGACUCCGGAAGACUCGAUGAACGCUCGUGCCCCACCGUGUAAUGAAACCAGCUUCGAUGACUUCCCAUGCAGUUGCGUCGACUGCUUUAGCGUGUGCCCGUCCGGUAAUGAGCCGUAUGUUCCGGAAAUGUGUACAGUGGCCUCAUUGAAUUGCGCAGCUUUUUCUAUUGGACUAAUAGUUUGCAUAAUAACUGUGGGCAUAUUCACCUUUCUUACGGUAAGAGAAGCUAAAAAAUACAGACAAUCGUCUUCACAAAACAUGCCUAAGCCACUACAGCCGAAAACCCCAAAGUUGAAUAUGAUGCAGCGUAUGUUUCAAAAAAUAUUCUCUAUAAUAGGUGGCUUUUCAGCUAAUAACGCGGUUCUCACCAUUAUGCUGACUUCAUGGCUUGCUUUCGCCGCCUUGUUCGGCGUGUUCCAAUUAAAUCUUACAGCAAAUCCGUUAGAGCUCUGGUCUUCACCAGAUUCUACAAGCCGAGCUGAUUUCAACUAUUUUAAUUCAAGAUUUGGUCCAUUUUAUAGAACUGCUCAAGUUUACAUGCAGAUAAAGGGGUUAGAUUCGUUUGAGUUCAACAAUGUGACGUAUGGACCAGCGUUUAGAUUGGAAGCUAUUGAAGAAUUAGUGAGAUUAGAAGACGCUAUUUUGAAUAUAGGCAGGGACAACGGUAGAGUGACAUUAGAAAAAGUGUGUUUUGCACCUUUACGUCAGCGCGGUGGGGAACAGUUGCUUGACCAGUGCACGCUCAUGUCAGUAUCCAUAUACCUAGGGAGUAAUCGAAACAACAUCAAUAACCAAACAUAUUUAAACCAAAUUACCGGUUGUGUAAACAACUUUUACGGGCUGGACUGCUUGGCAUCCUGGGGAGGUGGUUCGGAACCAGAAAUAACGUUUGGUGGGUUUGACGGUGAUGACAUAUUCAGUGCCGAUACUCUGUUAAUAAAUAUACCCAUAGCUAAUCAUCUUUUGCAAGCGGAUUUGGAACCUGCCCUAGAAUGGGAAAAUAAUUUUUUGGAGUUAAUGCACGAAUAUGCUGCUAACGGUAAACCGGAUUUUGUAGAAGUAACUUACGCUGCUGAGAGAUCUAUAGAAGACGAAAUCGAACGUGUCUCCGUAGCAGAAGCUGUCCCCAUAGCCAUCAGUUAUGUGCUUAUGUUCGUAUAUGUAACUAUUUCUCUUGGUAAUAUCAGAUAUUGCAAAACCUGGUUUGUUGAUAGCAAAAUAAUGGUCGCUCUAGGAAGUAUAACGGUGGAAAUUAUUGCUAUUCUCUGUGCCAUGGGCACAAUGGGAUAUGCCGGUAUAACAUUAACGUUGCUUGCAAUUAAUGUGAUUCCAUUCUUUGUAUUAUCCGUUGGUAUUGACAACGUAUUUUUAAUGGUAAAUACAAUUCAUAGCAUUGAGAGCAAUUUAAAAUCUUACGAUGAUUAUAAACCUGACAUGAGUCUGGAACAAAAGAGAAAAUAUGUCUUCUCCAAAAUGAUGGGCAAAGUAGGACCUUCCAUGUUUGUAGCGUCAGUCACUCAAGUGACAUGCUUCGGCAUUGGUGCUCUAGCUAAUUUCCCAGCAGUCGUUACAUUUUCAGUAUUCGCCUGUAUAUCCUUGGGAUUUCUGUUUGUGUUCCAAAUAACAACAGUCGUCGCUAUAUUGUCCCUAGACUAUAAACGAGCCUCCCAGAAUAGAUUUGAUAUUUUUUGUUGUAUUCAGAAAAAAAAUCUUGAUGACGAAAAUCCUCUCACUUCCGAAACUCCUCGCGUGAGUCUUACACAAAAGUUAAUGGAGCCAUACGCCAAGAUUCUUCUUAAUUGGAAAGUGAAAAUUUUUGUUGCUAUUGUUUUCAUUGGCAUGCUAGUUGCAAGCAUAUUUCUCAUCCCGAGAAUAGAAAUUGGCUUAGAUCAAGAAAUGGCUUUGCCGCAGGAUUCAUACGUAUACAAGUACUUACAGUCAGUAAGUGAGCUCCUCCGCCUUGGCCCUCCUGUAUACUUCAUUCUUAAAAGCGGCUUAAACUUUACCAACACAGAACAUCAAAACCUUAUUUGUGGUGGCCAAUUAUGCAACGAUGAUUCCCUAAUCAUUCAAAUAUUUUUAGCAGCGCAGCAUGAAGAAAUUACCUAUAUCUCUAGAAGUUCUAAUUCUUGGUUAGACGAUUAUUUUGACUGGUCUAGUCUUCAAGGUGCAUGUUGCAAGUACAAUGUCACAGACGGAAGUUUCUGUCAAAGUUCAGAUAUGUCCCCUGAAUGUCUAAAUUGCGUGAUCGAAAGAGAUGAAGAGACAAUGGGUCUUCGGAUGUCCGCAGAGGCAUUUAAUCAUUAUCUUCCAUUUUUCUUACAAGAUACUCCUACUGAAACAUGUAGUAAAGGAGGUUUAGCUAGUUAUUUCAACGGUGUUAAUUAUAUUCUAGACUCGGAGGGCAGGGCCUCCGUGCACGACUCUCACUUCAUGGCAUACCACUCCCCGUUGUCCACGUCUCACGACUACAUCACAGCAGUUCGUUACGGUUACGAAGUUAGCCAUAACAUUACAGCUAUGAUAAAGGAGCGCACGAAUUUAGAUGUUGAGGUCGUCCCUUACUCAAUUUUCUAUGUUUUCUACCAUCAGUAUUUGACAAUGUGGAGAGAUACGUUCAGUUCGAUCGGAUACUGUUUAAUAGGAGCGAUGAUAUUCAAUCUCAUAGCUUCAGGGUUUAACGUAUUAACCACAUUCGCUGUGUUGUGCACCACGAUUAUGGUGGUAGUCAACAUGAUGGGCGUUAUGUAUAUUUGGAGCAUUCCUCUCAACGCUGUGUCAACCGUCAAUUUAAUUGUCUCCAUCGGUAUCGCUGUGGAGUUUUGUUCACAUUUGGCGUAUGCCUUUGCUACCAGUUCGGUGGCCAAGGAGGACAGAGUUGAAGAUGCCCUCAAGACAGUAGGAGCAACUAUAAUAACCGGUAUAACCUUUACGAAUAUACCAGUUAUAGUUCUAGCAUUCUCUUACACCGAAAUAAUAGAGGUAUUUUUCUUUAGGAUGUUCUUUAGUUUAGUCGUUUUAGGAUUUUUACAUGGGAUGAUAUUCUUUCCAGUGUUCUUAAGUUAUUUAACUAAUAUGAAAUCAAUAUAAUUUCCAA